AUGGCGCCCGACGCCGAGAAGCAACAACAACACCAUCAUCUGCCCUCAGGAAACACAUCAUCACAUACUCUAUCCAAUUCCGACCUCGGCAAAGAAGUUCCGGUCUCUCAGAAUGCAGAGCCUCAUUCCGAGAAGCCUGCAGUGGCGGCAGCGCCUCCCGCUGGCCCUCCGGGCGGACCCCCGGGGAUGUCGCCGCCGCCGAACGGUGGCACGACGGCGUGGCUGCAGGUGGUGGGGUCGUGGAUGUUGUUCUUUAAUACGUGGGGUAUCUUGAAUACUUUUGGCGUCUAUCAAACCUAUUACGAGUCCGGCGAGCUCUUCCGCGAAACGUCCUCCAACAUCUCGUGGAUCGGAUCCAUCCAGGCUUUUCUGGUGCUCAUGGUCGGAUCCAUCAGUGGGCCCAUCUACGAUCGAGGCUACUUUCGUGUGCUUUUGCUGGUAGGCUCGUUCCUGGUGGUGUUUGGCCACAUGAUGCUCAGCCUGUGCCAUGAGUUCUGGCAGUGUAUUCUGGCGCAGGGCUUCACUAUUGGCAUUGGCGCUGGUUGCCUCUUCGUGCCCGCCAUUGCCAUCAUGCCUACGUACUUCUCCAGCAAGAUCGGGCUGGCUAUUGGCCUCGCUGCCUCGGGCUCGAGCAUGGGCGGCAUCAUCUACCCGAUCGUGUUCUACCGACUGAUCGACCAGAUCGGCUACGCUUGGAGUGUGCGUGUCCUCGGAUUCAUGGCUCUCGCGACGCUCAUUAUCCCGCUCGCGGUCAUGAAGAUGCGCUUCAAACCGCCCAAGGCACGCGCCCUGGUGGACUGGUCGGCUUUCACUGAUGUCCACUACAUGACGUUCGUCUUCGGCGCCAUGAUCGGCUACAUCGGCCUGUACGUCUGCUUCUUCUACAUCUCCUUCUACGGCCAGCAGCAGCGCAUCACCGACACGGACAUGAGCUUUUAUCUCGUGCCCAUCCUCAAUGCCGGCAGCGUCUUUGGCCGGACGUUGCCGAACUGGUUGUCUGACUACACGGGGCCGUUGAACACUAUUGUGCCAGGCGCCCUAAUCACCGGCGUCCUUAUUCUCUGCCUCAUGGCCGUCAACAGCGCCGCCGCCCUGAUCGUCGAAGCCGUGCUCCUCGGCUUCUUUUCUGGUAUCUACAUCGCCUUGCCUCCUGUCAUCUUUGUGCGACUCACACCUGAUGUCUCAAAGAUCGGGACGAGAAUAGGCAUGGGUUUUGCGCUGCUGGGAGCCGGCGUGUUGGCAGGUGGGCCCGGUGGAGGUGGGAUCCUGCAGCGGAGGGGAGAUGGGGCGGAUCUGGAUUGGACGGGCACUUGGAUUUAUGGCGGAGUGUGCACUCUCGCGAGUGCGGCGAUUAUGGCGAGCGUGAGGGUUAUGCGCGCUGGGUGGGCUGUCAAGAAGAUUUGA